AUGCUGUUACGGAACCCCGUUCGGUUCGGCAGCCCCAUGCCUUGGAGGCCGGCAGGAGACUUUGAAGCGCACUGGGCCGUGGACAGAGAAAAUUUCAACCUGUCACUGAAGGGCUCUUUUCUAGGGGGGGUGCGGUCCGCAUCGACCUACCGGGAGACGGUGUUCCGCGGCGGACCACCGGCAUCCGGCGAACUCGAUCUGGAUCUGGCGUCCACUUGGCAGAAAAUUCUUUGUCUAGUCGCCGAGAGCCAGGAUAACGGCUUUCCACUGUCCGAGGACACGCUGACUGCUUGCGCGACGUCACUCUGCUAUGGACAAGACGAGGCUUGUAAGCCGGCAGAGGAAGCGAAAUUGGCGAGGAACUUUGUCGCAUACUUGAAGUCGGUCCUUGGCGUCGAGGACUCUGCAAAGUACACGGGAUCAUCUUUCUCAGGCCCCGACGAGCAAGGCGAUGGCACUGUGUUUGGAAAGCCGGUGUGGGAUUUCGAGUAUCCAGAGUCGAGCUUCUUCGUCAUGCACGACAGGAGCAUGGGAUGCUGCAUUGCCCCUGUCGCCCCAGGCGAUGGUGUAUUUGUUCCACUUGGAUGCACGUAUCCUCUAGUGCUGCGGCCGGAUGGUGAACGUGGCUUUCGGGUCCGAGGCUACUGUUUUGUGCAUGGUGCGAUGCAUGGAGAGAGGCAGACCGGGCGAGAUUAUUUCAGUCGAUAUUAA